AUGGCUGACGACAGCCAGGUAAGGUUCAUUUUAGCCUAGGUUUUUGAGUUUCGAGCAGAAAUCGAUAACGAGCUUUAGAGUUUUCCUAAUUCAAUCUUGUUCUAAUGGCAGUUCUGCCUUAAGGGCAUAAACUGUGGUUGAUAUUAGAAAAUAAGUAUGAUUGGAAGUUUAGGCAAGUAAUUCCAAUUGGGUAAUUGUUGUGGGAUGUUAGCAUGCCAUACUGCGCGUGUGGUAGUCGUGCCAUGGAGGAUGGUGCAGGCCGGCAGGUUGCUACAGUAGCCUAGUAGCAGAUGGGGAUCUGAUCUGGCUGACUUGUUCGACUGAAUUGCUCCUUGGCUGUCCAUAAUGAGCCCAGUGAGCAGGAUGUGUAGCUGAAAUCUUCCUCUGCAAUAAUUAGCUCCCAGAGCAAUUACAAAGCGCCAUUACAACUAGCAAAAUGACAGUCAGUCACCUCUAAGCAGGACUCAGUAGAAACGCUAUGUGUUAGAUUUGUCCAUGUCUUGCGAAAUUAACCUAGCUACCAUAACAGCUGGGUGAAAUGUAUACUGCAGUUUUAAGGGAUCUCUCUGAAGGUUUUAGAUGAUACCGUGGUGCUUCGCCCUCUGGAUGAAGAACCAUACAUCUCGUCUUGGCUUCAUUGCGUGAUUAUUUGGGAAACUUUGACAAGCCCUUUGUGUUGAUGGAUGGAUGAAAAUAAUGUAAUUAUAGUAUCGUUAUACAUAGGCUAGCAGGAAAGCCCCAUGAGAUACCCAUAGAACUGAGCCCUGCUCCAUUUCAGCACCAUGGCAUGGUCCACUAACGCCUAGAAACUUGUCAGCGCUAUGCAGCGGACAGCUCCAUAGUGCUGAAAUAGUUUGAGCCCCCUAGAACGUCAUUGAUUUUAAACUGAUUUUAAAGUGCAAUUUAUUAUAAUGUAUUGCAUGUCCUAGUUUUGCAGCUUUGCAACCUCAGAAUUAUCGCUAAUGGAUUGCAGCGAGUUACGUUGUUGUGCAUGGUGAUGAUGAUGCCUAUGAAGAGGAUGAGGAUGCUUGAUAAACCAUAAAUUAAACGCAAAAACGUGACACUUACAAAUAUUUUCGUUUGGCAGAACUUUGACAAGCUAUGAUCUCUUUUCUGAUGACAUUGACAAUGCGUAUAGACAUAAGACUUAGGCCUAAUUGUGACAUCAUGUGUGUAUGCCGUCUUUGAAGAAUGUCCUUGCUUCAGCCAAUCGGAAACGAGUAUUCAAUAUCGCUUUGGUAUAAUUCAAGGAAACGUUCAUAUUCAUUUCAGUUGUCUACGGAUGGUUCACUGAUGUGUUUUAAGAGGUAUUAGUGUUACCUCUAAAUAGCCUACUACAAUAGGCUACACAUCAUGUCUGAUGACAGCAAGGUAUGGUUCAUUUAGCCUAUUUUGAGUUAAGAAGAAAUUACUAACAAUAUCUUAGGCCACUACCACAGCAAUAGGUCUCACUGGUUUGACCCAUGGACUAAAAUCUGACCACUAUUGCCAUUUUGUGUAAAAUAGGAGUGAAUAAGUUGUUUCAUAAAGUCACAACCUAGGACUGAUAUUGACCUCUCAUUUAUCCACCAGAGCGUGAAAUGGGAGGAUCCCCCUGAUGAUCAAAAUAAAGUUGUGGAGGAUAUGAAGGAUGAAACAGAGACACAUGAGACUAACAAGAAGAGGACAGGAGGCAAUGUAAGAAAUAUGCUGUCCUUUACACAUCCUCUGCCUACUUAGGCACAGAUCUAGGAUUAGUUUACUAUCACUAAAUCCUAACCUUUAAGCAUUAGGAGGAGACGCUACACUGACCUUAGAUCUGCUAUGAGACCUAUAAUAUUUUGUCAUGUAGGCCAAACAUAAGUCCAGUGGCCGUGCCAAGAAGACUUCAGUGGAGGAGGACAGCAGCAUUGGUGCAGGUCUGAGAUUACUUUAUGUUGGAUGCAGGUUAUGUUCAAAGUUACAUACACUUAGUCAUUAAAACUCAUUUUUCAACCACUCCACAAAUUUCUAGUUAACACACUAUUGUUUUGGCAAGUCGGUUAGGACAUCUACUUUGUGCAUGACACAAGUAAUUUUUUACAGACAGAUUAUUUCACAAUUCCAGUGGAUCAGAAGUUUACAUACAUUAAGUUGACUGUGCCUUUAAACAGCUUGGAAAAUUCCAGGAAAUGAUGUCAUGGCUUUAGAAGCUUCUGAUCGGCUAAUUGACAUCAUUUGAGUCAAUUGGAGGUGUACCUGUGGAUGUAUUUCAAGGCCUACCUUCAAACUAAGUGCCUAUUUGCUUGACAUAAUGGGAAAAUCAAAAGAAAUCAGCCAAGGCCUCAGAUAAUUUUUUGUAGACCUCCACAAGUCUGGUUCAUCCUUGGGAGCAAUUUCCAAAACGCCUGAAGGUACCACGUUCAUCUGUACAAACAAUAGUACGCAACUAUAAACACAGUGGGACCACGCAGCCGUCAUACCGCUUAGGAAGGAGACGCGUUCUGUCUCCUAGAGAUGAACGUACUUUGGUGCGAAAAGUGCAAGUCAAUCCCAGAACAACAGCAAAGGACCUUGUGAAGAUGCUGGAAACAGGUACACAAUUAUCUAUAUCCACAGUAGAAUGAGUUCUAUAUCAACAUAACCUGAAAGGCUGCUCAGCAAGGAAGAAGCCACUGAUCCAAAACCGCCAUAAAAAAGCCAGACUACGGUUUGCAACUGCACAUGGGGACAAAGAUUGUACUUUUUGGAGAAAUGUCUUCUGGUCUGAUGAAACAAAAAUAGAACUGUUUGGCCAUAAUGACCAUCGUUAUGUUUGGAGGAAAAAGGGAGUAGCUUGCGAGCCAAAGAACACCAUCCCAACCGUGAAGCAAGGGGGUGGCAGCAUCAUGCUGUGGGGGUGCUUUGCUGCAGGAGGGACUGGUGCACUUCACAAAAUAGAUGGCAUCAUGAGGAAGGAAAAUGAUGUGGAUAUAUUGAAGCAACAUCUCAAGACAUCAGUCAGGAAGUUAAAGCUUGGUCGCAAAUGGGUCUUCCAAAUGGACAAUGACCCCAAGCAUACUUCCAAAGUUGUGGCAAAAUGGCUUAAGGACAACAAAGUCAAGUUAUUGGAGUGGCCAUCACAAAGCCCUGACCUUCAAUCCUAUAGAAAAUCUGUGGGCAGAACUGAAAAAGCGUGUGCGAGCAAGGAGGCCUACAAACCUGACUCAGUUACACCAGCUCUGUCAGGAGGAAUGGGCCAAAAUUCACCCAACAUAUUGUGGGAAGCAUGUGGAAGGCUACCCGAAACGUUUGACCCAAGUUAAACAAUUUAAAGGCAAUGCUACCAAAUACUAAUUGAGUGUAUGUAAACUUCUGACCCACUGGGAAUGUGAUGAAAGAAAUAAAAGCUGAAAUAAAUAAUUCUCUCUACUAUUAUUCUGACAUUUCACAUUCUAAAAAUAAAGUGGUGAUUCUAACUGACCUAAGACAGGGAAUUUUUACUAGGAUUAAAUGUCAGGAAUUGUGAAAAACAGAGUUUAAAUGUAUUUGGCUAAGGUGUAUGUAAACUUCUGACUUCAACUGUAUAUAGGUGAAAGCAAUAUAGUGGAGGCCAACAGAGAGAUAUGCUUUUACCUGUCCAGUGCAAUCAAAUCAUUACGGGUGAAGGAAAUUAGGAAUAAAGUUCAGAUUCAACUUCAGAUUUCUCUUUGCGGUUUCCCAGAGUCUUCUCAGACACCCAGGUGUGGUUUCCGGGACAGGGGAUCUAUCCUUGAGCAGCUGGAGAAGGAGGCUCAGAGUACUCUAAUGCCUUCUCUCAAGAUUGGGACAUGCUGUGCACCAAUCCUCCUCUCCUUCCUGAGGAGUCUAACUGAUGAGUAAGUCUCAUGUCUUUCUCCAACCUCACAUACAACAACUCUGAAAUUAUAGUCAUAGUGCACCUUCUAACCACAAAUGUGAUUUCAACCACUAUACCUAACCCUAACAUCACCGUAAACAUACCCCUAACUCUUCCCCUAAAUCAAGAACAAAAUGGCUCAUGUACUUGCUAAUAGCUUAAUUAAAUACACUUGUAUUUUCCCUAACAUGGCUAUCUAGUGACUCCACUAACUCAACACCAGUGUGCAGUUAAAAUAUGCUUCAUUUCUUGUAUUUUCUCUAGCCAAUGGAGAGUGAUUCAGCAUGGCAUGAAAAACAACGUAAGUCUCUCCACAUAAGGUUCGGUCAAAAGUAGUGCACUAUAUAGGGAAUGGUGUCAUGGAAUGGCUUGAUUGACAAAAACAUUACUCUGUUGGCCAUAGCUGACGUUCGAGCAGCUCUCCAUGCUGUGUCUGAAGAUUAUUAAGGUCGUGACCCAGACGGCCCUCCGCAUUCUGCUACCAGCGCUAGCUCGUAUCAUGGGGGUGAACCUGAGGAGUAGGGCAACCUCCCCAGAAUCUCUCUGCUCUCUGACAGGGUAUGAGGACUCCUUAGGCAGCCUGGAUGAGUGUGAGAAAAGGCUGCUGAUCAGUGAGAUGAACUACUGGACUAAGGAUAGGAGGAGGAAUGGCAGUGCAGGGUGCCGUCAAAAAUCCACUCGCAGAACCUCAUCACCAUGCUUCUCGCCUAAGAGGUAUGUUCACAGCAAUAUUUCAACUUAAUGAUUGCAAGCCCUGACCCAUACUUAUCAUAAAUUAUUAACUUGGAAUUCACACCUUGUAGUUUUAAGGUCUGGUCAGAAAUCUUGCCCCUGGGGGGGUGGGUCCAGGUGAAAGUAAUUGUUAACUGGGUAAGCCAUAAAGUAAACUAUGAAUAAAGAGAUCAGGUACAUGCCUUUCAGAAUCAGGUACAUGCCUUUCAGAAAUAAUCCAAAUCUGAUGUUGUACAAACAUCAAAAUCAGGCAAAGAAAAUUGUGUCAGUUGGCUUUAGGCUUCUAGAACUAUGCUGGUAUAAGAAGUAAGCCAUCAUUGCUCUAAUUUGGUCUUCAGGCUCACUAAUGACCCAGAUUAGAUACCAGUUGGUCACAUUUGCAUGGCAUAAGUGGUGUUUGUGUGUUGAUCUUCAAGGUCCCAGACCUCAUUGCAGAGCUUGCCUGCAACUAGAGAGGCUCCCCUCAUGGAGGAUCCUCUGAAGGCUCUCUUUGGGGUAACGAAAGAGAGCCUCCUGAUAUCCCUGGUUGAGGGCCACUCCAACCCCACCUCCUCCAGCUCCUCCCAGCUGAGCUGUGCUAUCGCAGGGGAGGUAGUACACCAGCUUAACUCAGGCCUUUCAGUGGCCAUUCAGGCCAGCUCGGGGAGUUGCCCUCCUAUGGACAGUCAGGAUAUAGCAGCAGGCAGGGAGGUCAUUCGUGUAGCCUCGGUGCUGAUCCUGGCCGAGCUACAGAGCCAAACAUCUGAGCCAGAGUGGGUAGGGUUUAUCGAGCCCCUCAUGGACCCUGUGACCGACGAUGUGCUGGAUGCCAUUGUCAGCACAAUGGACAAAAUGGCACAGGACUACAACAUCCUAUUGGAUCUGGCCAAGAAGAUGAAAAUCUUGGGGUCAACAUUUCUGACCAAUCUUCAAUGUGACCUUGAUGUUGAGUGUCCAUCUGGGAAAGAAGGGACCACUCACUUUCUCAAAGAGACUGGAUCAUCUACCAGUGUGGUAGCCAGAAAGCUUCAGACCCUCUCUAGCCCCAACUUUCAGUCUAAAGCCCUCAAGGCGGUGAGCACCAUCCUUACACGGAAAGUCAGCAACUCUUCUGGCAUGGCUCCUUCCUCUAGGCCUUCUAGUGCUGCUCCCAGCAUUACUGAAGCUCCCCUGAAUCCCAGCUGCACAGCCCUGACAUCUGUAACCUCCACUGCCACAGAGAUUGUUAAGGCAUAUGUGGGAGGCAUGGAGACGACCGCAUCAUUUGAAGGCACAUGUGAAGCAGUUGAUAGGCCAGUUCCUCUAAAUGACCACAAGACAGGGUCUUCACAGAAGAUAACUUUCUCUCCAGCCCACACACUCUAUGCCUCUUUUCAGGAGUCUUCAGACACCCUGGAAAAGGCAACUGUUUCAACUGAUGAGGUCCAGUUACCCAGCGCCAAACUUAGUAGAGUUCCCAGUGAGAGCCAACCAACACCCGCUCUCUGUCUCUCCAAUCUGGAUACCAGUACUCAAGAAGUUCUUAGCAGUGUUGUUUCCAUCUACAAGUCAGAGUUAUCAAAAGUGGAGAGUAAAUCAUUGGCUGUUAUCAGUUCAUCUGAUGAGUCCCUGGAGGCUUGUUGGUUUGUAGAUGGUGACUAUACUAUUUCCCAGUCACCUUCACCCAAUAAAGAUUUGAGUGUGACUACUCAAUAUUCUCAACUGAGCUCAGAAGAGCGUGUCAGAAUCACACAGUCCUCUACUAGUCUGAUUCAGAGCAUUAAGAAGCUCUCUAGCAAGGACUUUCAGACUCAGGCAGAAGAGGCAGUGAGUAAAGUGCUGAUGAGAUCCAGUCAUUCCUUUAUCACACAGAUCAGCCAUACUGGUCUUCAGAAAAGUCUGCAGGCUGGCUUAUCAUCUAGCUCGCCAUCAGAGAUUGCCUCCAUGUCCUCUCAGGAUACAGCCUCUGGAUUAGUGGAAACCUUUGUCAAAGGCAUGGCAACUAUUUUUCAGAAAAAUGAGUCCACUGACACUAAUUGGCGAACAGAGUCUGUGCUACUGGAAAGAAGUGGGAGAGUUUCGCAGUACUCCCACGGGGGCUCCCAACUGGAUGAUACUGAAUUGAGUGUUAAAAUAUCAGAGAAGAAGCUUUGGUCAACAGCUAAGACCAUCUGCGUCAGUAUGAAGAACAGACUUAAGGAUUUCUUCACAGGACUGAAGCCAUCCAGAUCCGAAAGGACAGAAAAUGCUUCUUCCAAAGAGACCCUUGGAGAAAUCCUGGUUGCUAUCCAGAGUGAAAUCUCAAACUUAGGGCGAAUUAAGGAUUCCAGGGAGCUCCUUCAGAUCAAUGAUAUGGUAGGAACUAUGCUGAAGGAGGUUGAGAAAAGUGAGGAUGACAGUGAACAAGUCUGCCAAGACAUCCCUAGAACCUGUUCAUCUUUGCCCACUUCCUCAAAGGGUCGUCGUUCCUUGUCCAGCUCUUCCAUGGGUCCUAGGUCAGAAUGUGAGUUAGAGAUCAACCUCCCUGGCACUCCCAUCCCUGAUGAAGUGCCUGAUGAUGUGACCUUCCCCAUCGUCAGGAGCUCCUGCAUCGACACCAGGGACUCUAUAAUGCCAGAGAUUUCUACGAGUGACCUAAGGACAAAGACGAUGACACACACAGAUGAACCCCUGAAUUGUAACAGUCCAAUGACUGACAGCAGCCGACCAUCGAGUGCUAAAGACUCUUUUCGAUCCUCCACUCCGUCUUUCACCAGCAAGGGAACCUCUUUGGUACCAAAGGGAGAUGGGAUUGACAUGGAAGAGAAGGACUCUUAUAACACCCUCCAAGCAGCUAUGGCCUCCCAGGACCCUGCAUUUGACAGAGUCCUGGUAAAGUCCUUGACCCAGCAGCUGGUGCAGGGAUGCAAGGAGGCGUCAAGACCAGCUUCUGCUGCAACAAACCCAGCAGACCAGGCUGAGACAGAGAGGGGGGCUGAGCAGAAAGCAAGAAGGAGCUUCCUUUGUUUUUCAAUGUCCAAACUCAGGAUCAACUUCAAGGUAUAGCAGGGAGUUAGCCGUCGGUUUUUGUUCCAGUUAGGGCUGGUGUUAUUGAUGUGGCUAUGAUGAGACAAAUACAUGAGAUAAAUAUGUUUUAUUCAUCACUAUAUUGUUGCCUUGGAUUCGGAAGUGUUCCGUUUAUUUAUAUAUUCUCUGUACCAUUUUCUUUACCUUUCUCCUGUUAGCGUUCCAAGAGAGGAAACAAAAAGGACUGCCAUUCAGUCCAGGAACAGACUGAGAUUCCCUCUACUGGUGGAUAUUGCAGAGGUAAGGAUGUUUUAGAGCUCUGCUAUAGCUUGUACUUUUGUUUAGGUGUGUGUUAGAAACAUAGAGUAUGCUACCAAACUCAAAGCACUGUUAUUUUUCAAAGUUAUUAUACUGUAUUUCUCUCUCUCGCACCCCUUACCCCACCCAUUUCUCUUGUGUUUCUAGCCCCACACAUUGAGGCUCAUGGUGCUGAAUCUCCAGUUGGAGAGGUUUCUCCCUCCAUCUCUAAGCCUAUCAAAAAACUCUCCCUGAUCGUCAGGGUCUUCUCAGCAAUGAUGAAGCCAUUCAGGCACUCCACCAAGAAGAACCUGUAA